UCAUAAACCCUAAGUUUUUUCAUCAUCUUAUUUCCAUCCAAUAAUUUCUAUAACAAAAAAAAUGAAGGAAUGGUCUCCUCAAGAUGCCAUGAAAGCUUAUUUGGACACACUUCAUCUUGUAAGUUCAUCUUUACCUACUGCAUGGAACCCAACUGCAAAGAGCACAGUUGAAGAAGAUGACAAGCAAGGACUAAUAGAACCCAACUGCAUGGAACUGAUAUCAGCCAUGGCAGCCGGCAAAGGAGCCAAACACAUCGUUGAAAUCACAACCCAAGGCAUUACACCAUUAACCAUCGCACUCGCUGUCGCAGCAAAACACACCGGCGGUCAACUCAGUUGCAUCCUCCCAUCCCACCACCACCACCACCACCACCACACCGCCGAUCAUCUUCAACAAUACAUAAAUCUGGUUCACGCUGAACCCACCAACACUAGCCCACGCGAGACAAUCAUAAAACAGAUAAAAAUGCGGUUGAAGAACGUGGAUUUUGCAGUGAUCGAUUGUAAGUUCGACGAUGAGUACUUGAAAUUAAUGUUUAAAACAAUGGUGGAGGAGGAGGAUGGUAUCAAAACAGGGUCGACUGUGAUAGUUCAUAAUAUUCAUCAUAAAAAAGAUGGGUCGAUAUUUGGUCAACUUUUGAGGAAAAAGAGAGUGGAAGCUGUGACUUUGCCUAUUGGUGAAGGAACUGAGAUGACUCGAAUUUUGGGAUGUAGGUUUAAGAGACGAAAUAGGUUUCUCGUCACCUUCCAUAAUUGAUUUUAUGUAAUUAUAUCAGUUUUCUUUUUCUGUACUGGAAGGUGGUCUACGAAAAAAAAUACUUCUUUCUGUGUUUGUAUUAUAUGUUAAUAUUUUCGAACUGUAAUUGUAUUCCAAAUUUUUAAUUUUAGGAUUUAUAAUUUUGUAAAGAUUUUAUGUAUUUAAAUUUCAUAAUUAAAUUUGGAGAAUAAA